AAUCACUGCAUAUACUUGGUAUGCAAUAGACAGUAGACAGCUAACCUAAAAGUACUUUUAAAUAAAGUUAAAAAUAAAUAUACCAUCAGCUAAAUUAAAUUUAUUGGGCUAAGCUGGUAGAGAGUAAUUAUUACAAAAGGUAUCCCAUAAAAUAAGUUCUAAAAAAUGGCCAGUGGAAAAGGAACCUACCAACCGGAUUCCGACGUGCACAUUUCAUAUGAAGAUCAACAAAAAAUUAACAAAUUCGCUCGCCUAAAUGCUAAAGCUGAUGAUAUUAAAGAUGAACUGAAAGUUAAGCAAAAUGAUAUCAAAAAUUUAGAGGAAGCAGUCGAGGAAUUGGCUCUGACUGAUGAUUCAGAAAAAAUUCCAUUCUUAGUUGGAGAAGUUUUUAUUUGCCAAAGUCUGGAAGACACCCUGAAAUCAUUGGAAGAAAUGAAAUGUAAAAAGCAGAAUGAAAUAGGUGAUUUAGAGUUGAAAUGCGAAGAGCUAAAAUCACAAAUGAGUGAGCUCAAAGCACAUUUAUAUGGGAAAUUUGGAAGCCAUAUUAACUUAGAAAAUGAAGAAGAAUAACGCAAUAUAAUUCUGCCUAAUGGUUAUUGGCUACUAUAAAAUAUUAAACCAAAUUCAUUCUUCAAGUCUUCUAUUUUACUGAGACCAGCCUUGUAAUUUUAUUAUAUGGUUAAUUUUUAUUAUUUCAGUAAUGUGAAUACAGAGUCAUUUCAUACAUAUAUAACAUUAGUUUAUGCAAUUGGAAUAUGCAUGAGUUAGUACUUUAAUUGUUGUUGAAGGAUUAAACACUACCUCUUCUGGCUUUUUAAUGGAAAUAUUGAUUAAACAUUCAUGCUAGUUAAUAUCACAAUAAAUUUUAUUUAUUAACAAUUUGUCUAGACAAUAAAACUCAUCAUUGGUACCUUAUUAUAGUGUGUAUUCUCUUUAAGUUUUGUGAGUUAAUGUAUAAACUUAUUUGAUUAUAAAAAUUCAAUCCUUUGCA